CAGUUAUGUUUCGUUCCCUCAUCACCUAACCACUGUGAUUGAUCGCGGUCAACGUUAUGUCGUCUGAAUCUAAUUUUCCAGAAUAGUGUUACCAGUUAAUAAUAUGCUAAUGAUUAUUUCUUAGUUGGUAGUUAUUUUAUCUGAAAUUUAUUAAUUCAGUAAUGAAGUAUUAACAAAUUGAAAUAGUGAAAACGGUGCAAAAACAAGUUACUGCUUGUUACUACGUUAAUAGUGACCACACGUGUUAAUCACAAUCAAAAUUCAAGGUUUUAGCAUUUUCUAUUAAUUUACUCGACAUAGUGCGUGAACAAUGGCGUUCCAAAGAAUCAUCGACAUACUUACGAUGUUCAGCUACAGUCAAAUCCGGUGUAAGGAGGUACAGCCUGAGGAGAUUGGUCCAGCAAAUUUUGAACGGGCGAUAGUAACAGCCGGUUAUGGAAAAUUCAACUACUUGUUGCUGCUAGCUGUACUACCCGCCAGUUUCUCUAGCAUUUUUUCGUCGUCAGCGAUGUCGUAUGUCCUGCCAGCCGCGGAAUGCGACCUGGGCCUCAGAAUGAUCGACAAGGGUCUACUCAACUCGAUGACAUUCGCAGGUAUGAUCUGCAGUUCGUUUUUCUGGGGAUUCAUGACCGACACGUUUGGUCGUAAGAAGAUCAUGUUUUAUGGUUACAUGUGCGCCGGGAUCUUGAGUCUGAUGGCGUGUUUCUCGCACACCUCUUGGCUUUUAAUUUUCUUCAAAUUUCUCGACGGCGUGGUUAUAUCUGGCCCGUAUGCUGCGUUGAUGUCGUAUUUGGCAGAGGUACACAACGAAACGCAACGAUCUCGCACCUACAUGUGGUUAGGCGUGUUUUUCUCCCUUGGAAAUAUUUCUUUACCUUGCAUAGCAUGGUUAAUCAUACCUCAGAAAUGGAACAUAAAUUUCGUGAGCAAUAUGGUAGAAAUCAGCUCUUGGAGAGUGUUUCUAGCAAUCUGCUCGUUGCCAGAGUUUCUUGCUUGCAUUGCGAUGUUCGCGUUCCCAGAAAGUCCGCGUUUUCUCCUUUUGAAAGGUAGAAGAGAGGAGGCUUUGGAAGUCUUCAAGAAGAUAUACUCAUGUAAUACAGGCAAAGAUCCAGAUAUGUACCCGAUCAAGGAUCUCGAGGAAGAAGAUUCUGUUGAAGUAUCAAGUGAGAAGGUGAAGGACAAGCUACGAUCAUGCUGGCAACAGAUGAAACCUCUCUUUUUACCUCCUAAUAUUUUCAAACUUUUUGCGAUAGGUUUGAUUCAAUUUGGAGCCACAAUAGGAUCGAAUUCUAUAAGACUGUGGAUGCCUCAAUUGUUCACAAUGAUGGAACAUUUCAAGCACACCUACAAUAAAGUGGAAUACUCGAGCUCGCAACCACGCUUUUGCUACAUGUUAGGUCAACAGCAACCAAAUGAGACCUUGACAAGUUCAGUUAAUGAAAGUUUACACGUUACACAUGAGUGUAUACUGGCAGACUUGAAUUCAAAAGUAUUCAUCAACUCAAUUGUGAUUGCUACUACAGGAGUUAUUGGAUAUACUUUAGCUGGCACAUUAAUUACUAUAGUAGGAAAGAAGAAACUCAUAGCCACCUGUUUUAUGGUAGCUGCUGCUUGCUGUGGAUCCCUUUAUUGGGCAACAAGUGUCAACAGUAUUCUCGGUUUAUGUUCAGUUUUCGUUGCCAUGUCGAGCAUAGGUGGGGCUUGUGUCGUAAACGUUAUUGUCGAUAAUUUUCCGACAUGUUUAAGGACUAUGGCAGUAAGCCUGACUAUGAUGGUUGGCAGAUUCGGUGCGGUUAUAGGCAAUUCAUUAUUCCCGGUUCUAUUCAAGCUAUCUUGCCUAGGUCCUUUCGUUUUAAUUGGAUCCGCUUCUUUAGUAUCAGCCUUCCUGGUGCUUCUUUUACCUCGGAAGCAUUCGCAAACGGACAAAUCAAAGAACAUCGCUUGAUGUUCAUCUUUUCGAAUACUAUAUCCGAUUUAGCCGAUUGAAAUUAUAGCGUCAGCGAACUGUAGCUAUAAGGUUCACGUGUAAAUACAUUUUGUCCCUGGUCUUUCACCGAUUGUAUUAUUUGGGUGCAUGAUUUUUCAUCAUGUAAAUAUGUAAAUACACUGCAAUUACACUCAUAUAGAAUUAAGAUCUGCUCACGUUUUAUACGUAUGCGUGAAACAAAUCGAAUUGCAGAACGAGUGCGUGUCGUAAGUGAGAUUUUUAGUGAAUCUCGUGACUGCAUGGCGUAGAAUUAUUUUAGAACAAUCUCUCACAAUUUUUAAUCACUUCGCCAGUGAAUCGUUAGGUAGUAUAUUAAAUAAAUAUCAAAAUAUCGAAGUAAUGUAUUCAAAUACCAACAUUGUUAUAUAUUAAAUCUGUUUUAAUAUUGUUUUAGAGUAGACAA